UACGGUAACGCAGACGCAGCGCCUGUUUCAGCGGUGCUGUGGCAUGUGAUGCUGUGUGGUUAUCGAGGUAUUUUAUUUAUAUUCGCAUGACAUCGUGCAUGGUGUAGCGUGGUUUAGCCAUGUCAGCCAGACGCGAUAACAGUCGCGUGUUGCGCGCAUUGCGUGAAUUAGAAAACAUGUUCGGUUCCCGUGAAGCGGAUUCCAGUGCUGCCGAUGACACCAUUGCGCGUCGGCUCUCAUUUGGUGAAAGCAUCUCGGAAACUCGGAAUGACUCUAGUAACAGCUCAGAAGCAAAGUCAGCUGAUGCUGAAAUUCGAGCACUAAAGGCAGAGUUGAUUCACUGCAGAGCAGAGAUCAGUCGACUCACCCUGCAAAAGAAUGAGGAGGAGCCCGCACGAAAGACACUUGUUAUUAGUUACACCCGAGAACUGGACACACUUCAGGAGCACUUACAGAAAGAACGAGACAUAAAUGCCGAGCUGAAGCAGCAAGUGAUCAAGGCUCUGGAGAAAGAUGCCGAGAAUAGGGCAGAAAUCUCGCAGCUGCGACAGCAGACGAAGAACCGAGUGUCAGAACUGGAGGAGCGAUUGCAACGUUCCCAAGCACUAAGCCUCGAACUUCAACAGCAGCUGGACCAGACAAGAGAGAGUGCCCAGGAAGCCACAUUUGCACUGGAAGAAGAGGUCCAAAGGCUUUCAGCAAGUCAAUUGAUGCUGCGCACCUCUCUUGAAGAAGCCAAGGAUCAAGUUGAAGUACUCAAAAGACAUAUCCGUGAGAAGGAGCUCCUUAUCUCCCAUUUACAAAGUGAAAAUUCUGAGGUUCGAAAGGCGGAAACCAAGGCUAAGGAACUCCAACGACGCCUCGAAGACCUGAAGGAAACAGAGAAACUCUCACGCAUAAUGAAGGAUGAGCUGAAACGACUACCACUUGUAGAAAAAGAGCUGGCAAAGCUUCAGGAAGAAGUUGAGCAACACCGGCGGGCGCGCAUGAAUGUGCACCUAAUACAGGAACGCCUGUUGGCAGCACAGCACAACUCAGCCAAGGUGAAAGAACUGCAGACACUCAACAGUCAGCUACAGGUGAACGUGGAGCAGCUUCAAGAACAACUGGAACAGUGGAAGGAGUUGGCUGCUGAACCACAUGGUCUCACGAGUCCGAGAGCAGUUCUGCAGUGCCUGGCUGACCUGCGGCACUCUGAGCUAGCUCUGACAGAACGACAGUCAAAGUUAUUAGCAGAAAAUGAGACACUGCGGAGCAAGGCGGAGACCAACAGCCAGGAACUUCGACGAACAAAUGCCAAGCUUGUGAAAGUCCAGUCGCAGUUUGAUGAGCAGACAGCAUUGCUGCGCAGAAUGCAGAGACGCCUGCUUCUCUUGGGGAAGGAGAGGGAAGCUUACCGGGCCAUGAUAGAGAGCUACCAGAAAGAAGCUGGCCCUGAUUGGCCGGCUGCAGCUGCCAAGCAGAUCCAAUUUCUGGAGAAUGUACUCACAGACUAUCGCCACUCCCUGGAACAGGUGGACAAAGAGUUACAGGAGCUGCGAUGUCAGAGGAUGUCGGAUUGUACUACAGCCAGCGUUCAGGUGCAGACAGACGACAUUCAAUUUGCCGAUGCUAAGCCGGAGGAUCCAAACUACCGUGUGGUGCAUUUAGCAGAGAAUCCUUUGGAGAUGGCUUUCCGGCAACGCAUGGAGAACGUGAACAAAUUGGAAGAGGAGAACGAGCGGCUACGUGCAAGGGUCAAGGUCCUGGAGGAGUUUGGCUGUGUUCAGGACGUCACUGCUCAGGUGCAGCUCAAACUGGACCAGGAUGGUGCACUUCCUGAUCGAAAAAGCCUUCAAGAGCAGCUGGCAUCCGCCGAGGCCAAGAACAGACGGCUUGUGGAUGCGUUUCGCCGAACCAGUCAAGACUUUCGGCAUGGCUGCUACGCAUUGACUGGCUACCGUAUUGAUGUGCUGAGUCAGGGUCACUACAAGCUUACACACAUGUAUGCAGACUCUCCCGACGACUACCUGCUUUUCCAGAGUGCCCAGCAGAAGAUGAAUGUCCUGGAGACGGAUUAUCUGCGCCAACUUCAGGGACUGGCAAGCACUUACCUCGAGAAGUACGACAGCAUCCCAGCUUUUCUCAGUGCUCUAACACUGAAGCUUUUUGCACAUCAGAAUGACCUCGAAGACUUACAGCUGUGAAUCAGAGAACCUGGUGCAUCAAUGUAUAAUUGUUGCAUAAAUUGUGUCGUCCAGUCAAUUGCCUUUGUAACACUCCAUAAGAGCAAGCUUUGGUUGCAAUAAAAUCCAUCCAGCUCU